CUGCCCUGCCUGUGUCCCUCCCUGCUUUUGUUCUUGUCGCUAUCUCGGUGCCAAAUCGGACCCAGUUUCUGUCCCUCUGUCCCCACCAUAUACCCGUCCCUGCCUCUGUCCAGCCGUCCAAGAUUGGAGCCUGAGGGGCUGCGGGCUGAGGUUCCCCCAUGGGUCCUCGGGGUGGGGGUGGGGAAGAGAGAGGAGACUUAGGGGGCACAGGAUGCGACCGAGUAAGUCGCAGCGAGUGAGGGGUCUGUCCUUGCCUGUGGGGCAGGACAGAGGAGUGGCUCUUGCCCAGGAGAAGAUAGGAUGGAGGUGCCUCUGGGAAGGGGAAUUUGGGAAUGGGGGAAUAAAGUGAGGGUCGCAGGAACCCCAAGGGGCAAGGGAAUCGAGAGGAAGAUGUCAGAGAGCUUUGGAGAGCCGAGGACUCAGCCAGACGCCCCGCAUGGGGAAAGUUUCCGACACUAACUUUGGCAGCUGGGGUGCAAGCUGCGCUGGGGCGAUGGGAGGCGGAAGGUCCCUCCAACUCUUCAAACCACCUCGCUCCUACUCAAAAGGGACACCACCCCGCGUUUGGAAAUGGCAGGAAAACAGCUAAACACAAUGAUUGCACAAACUCUUGAAGAGCGUCCAAAAAACAGUAAAAAGAAGAAAAAAAGAAAAAUGUCAGCGCGCAAAGAGCCAGAGAAGCAGAGGGAUUUGAGAUUCCCCGAUCUUCCCACUGUGGCGGCUGGGAGGGAGGGGGGGCAUGGAGGGUGUGAGCGCAGCUCCUCCCCCAGGAAGGAACCGAGACCCGCCGCAACUGUUUUGUGGCUUAGCUCGUCGUUUGCGCUCCUUGGGCUCCUGAGCAGGCCUCAGUGCCUCCUUUCUUUACCUGGAAAUAGGCGUGUCUCAGGAGGCAGGAGAUGUAGGGUGGAGCCCUGGCCUGGCCGCUUGCCAGUAAGGAGCCACCCUCCCAGACAGAGCCUCAGUGUCCCCGGUUGUGAAACAAGGAUACCGCUGCAGACCUCCCUUCCAGUCUCUGAGAGUUGAAACCAGCACCUUCCCUUCCUGAGUCCUGCCUUCUCCUGCAGAAGCGAGCUCAAAAGAACUUUGCUGUUUUGCCUUUUACUCUGGCGUGAAAGCAGCAGACGAUGAGGAGAAAAUAAUGAAUGUCAAAGGAAAAGUAAUUCUGUCAAUGCUGGUUGUCUCAACUGUGAUCGUUGUGUUUUGGGAAUAUAUCAACAGCCCAGAAGGCUCUUUCUUGUGGAUAUAUCACUCAAAAAACCCAGAAGUUGAUGACAGCGCUCAGAAGGGCUGGUGGUUUCCUGACUGGUUUAACAAUGGGAUCCACAAUUAUCAACAAGAGGAAGAAGACAUAGACAAAGAAAAAGGAAGAGAGGAGGAACAAAGAAAGGAAGAUGACACAACAGAGCUUCAGCUAUGGGACUGGUUUAAUCCAAAGAAACGCCCAGAGGUUGUGACAGUGACCAAAUGGAAGGCGCCGGUUGUGUGGGAAGGCACUUACAACAAAGCCAUCCUAGAAAAUUAUUAUGCCAAACAGAAAAUUACCGUGGGGUUGACGGUUUUUGCUAUUGGAAGAUAUAUUGAACAUUACUUGGAGGAGUUCGUAACAUCUGCUAAUAGGUACUUCAUGGUCGGCCACAAAGUCAUAUUUUACGUCAUGGUGGAUGAUGUCUCCAAGGUGCCAUUUAUAGAACUGGGUCCUCUGCGUUCCUUCAAAGUGUUUGAGGUCAAGCCAGAGAAGAGGUGGCAAGACAUCAGCAUGAUGCGUAUGAAGACCAUUGGGGAGCACAUCUUGGCCCACAUCCAACACGAGGUUGACUUCCUCUUCUGCAUGGAUGUGGACCAGGUCUUCCAAGACCAUUUUGGGGUGGAGACCCUGGGCCAGUCAGUGGCUCAGCUACAGGCCUGGUGGUACAAGGCAGAUCCUGAUGACUUUACCUACGAGAGGCGGAGAGAGUCGGCAGCAUAUAUUCCAUUUGGCCAGGGGGAUUUUUAUUACCACGCGGCCAUUUUUGGAGGAACACCCAUUCAGGUUCUCAACAUCACCCAGGAGUGCUUUAAGGGAAUCCUCCUGGACAAGAAAAAUGACAUAGAAGCCGAGUGGCAUGAUGAAAGCCACCUAAACAAGUAUUUCCUUCUCAACAAACCCUCUAAAAUCUUAUCUCCAGAAUACUGCUGGGAUUAUCAUAUAGGCCUGCCUUCAGAUAUUAAAACUGUCAAGCUAUCAUGGCAGACAAAAGAAUAUAAUUUGGUUAGAAAUAACGUCUGACUUCAAAUUGUGCCAGUAGAUUUAUCAAUUUGAAAGAGGAGUAUUCUGGCUACUUCCUCAGAAAAGUAACACUUAAUUUCAACUUAAAAAAAAUACUAAUGAAGCACCAACAUGGCAAACACAUACCAUUCCUCCUUGUAAUGUGGGGCCUUGUAAUGUGGGAGAAUGAAUCUAGGGUAAUCAGAUGUAAAUUCCUAGUGAUUUCUUAUCUAUUCUGGGUUUGGGGGAAAUACUAUCAACUGAACCAAAAAGAACUUGUCAUAGGCAAAGAUAAAGCCAGAAACACUCUACACAUGCCAGAUAACAUGCUGGAGAAAAGGGUGCUAAGGGAAGCGUUUGGCAGCAAGAUAUGAUUGUAACGGGCUGUCCCUUGAGUUCAAUGUCUGCCUAUUUCUGGUGGGUCUAAAGUAACAUGGAGUUACUUUGCAGGAGAUCUCUCAGUAAAGACACCAUUUACGUUGGCAAUCCUCAAAAGGUUUCAACAGCAGAUUGCUUCAGGCCAUCUGUAGUCCAUCCUUUUCUCAUCAGGAUGUUGUUUGGCUUCUGUGUGAAAGAUUGGUGAGUGUCCCAGUAGAUAUCAUGGUGGUGUGUGAUCAGAGUCUCAAGGAAUCUGAAUGAGCCAAGGUGCCCAGAGUGAAGUAAAAACAAAACCUCGACAUGAGUUUGCCAUGAAACAGCAAAGAGCGAGUGAAAGAGAGGAGCCAUCACUGUGGGGCAGAGCCACCCUGGGGCACUUAGGGCAUGGGGUUGGUGCUUAAAUACAUCAUGGAUCCAGGCACUGAGUGGGAGGAAGUGUGGGUGAUUUCCAGCCUCAUUGACUUAUGAAUGACAAGCAGCAGGGACUUGAACAGAAGAUGCUUCUUGUUUUGCCUGAGUGGUAUUCAGUCUACCAGACUCUGCAACUUGCAUCUUCAAAUCCUUGGCAAGGAGAUGUGGAUGGUGUCAGAGAAGGCAAAGGCCUGCAGUGGACUGAAGAGGCUUGCAAGGAGUUCCGUUCCCAGGAUGUGGGCCUCAUCAGAGGACGAUUGGUCAUCAGCUGGUCCCACCACUUAGCUAGUCUCAGGAUUCCUCAGUCCAUCAUAACCCAACUUGGAGGGCUGACAUCAAGGAGUAGACUGGAGAAAUAGCCCUCCCAUCAAGUAACCUCUUGUUUUCUCCUGCUCUACCUGCACGAUGAAAGUGUAACAACUAGACUUAUUUGGCAAAAUGGUUAACUGAUUUUGUAACAAAAGCAUGAGCCAUAACAAUGGGAGAUCUAGUUAUAAUGACUGAACAGCUUAACAUUCAAUUCCCUUCUCUAAGAGAAGCUGUGAAAUCCUACAUAUUAUUUAAAGUUAACCAAAUCAAUGUAAAGGAAGUUAGGAGG